GAGCCAUUUGAAUUUGGUUCUUCAAGGUCACUGAUAUCAUUUGAGAUGCUUAAUGUUAACGUGGGAGUGCUGGGACAUGUCGACUCAGGAAAAACGAGCCUAGCAAAAGUCUUAAGCACUAUUGCUAGUACUAGCGCGUUUGAUAAAAAUCCUCAGAGUAAAAAACGAGGUAUCACGCUUGAUCUUGGAUUUUCUUCCUUUGUCGUGGAUUCGGCGGGCUACCCUUUUAUGCCUUCUAUAAGCGAAAACUUCGAAAAGGUUCAGUUUACCCUUGUUGACUGUCCCGGGCAUGGGUCACUCAUAAAGACGGUUUUGUGUGGGUCCCAAAUAAUCGAUAUCGUCAUUCUUGUUGUCGAUGUCACUAAGGGUUUUCAAACCCAAACUGCCGAGUGUUUGGUGAUUGGUGAGAUAGCUUGUGAGAAAAUGUUGGUAGUCCUCAAUAAGUGUGAUUUGUUACAUGAAAAUCAAAGGGACGAAUUAAUUCAGAAGGUAUUGUAAUUUGCUGUGAUUAUACUGCUCAAAGAUGAAAAAGCGUAUCCUAAAAACGUUGGAGAAUACAAUUUUUAAACAGUCGGAAAUUGCAGAAAUUUCAGCUGCUCCUGGUGGUGUUCAGGUAGAAUUUACAUCUGAACAACGUACAAACAAUUCACAAGAAAUUAAAAAUCUAAUCUCUUUAUUGGCACGAUCAAUACAUGAUCCAACUGAGAAGCGUAAUAAGUUGAAAGAUAUGGGUUUUGUAUUUGCUGUGGAUCAUUGUUUCACAAUUACCGGACAAGGUACCAUUCUUACUGGAACUGUGCUAUCUGGGACUACAAGUGUUGGUCAAACCAUUGGUUUACCUUAUCAACGAAUUCAAAAGAAGAUUAAAUCUAUUCAAGUAUUUCGUCAACCAAUUCAAUCAAUUGGACCAGGUGAUCGUGCUGGUAUUUGUGUAUCACAAUUAGAUUCAAAUUUAUUAGAACGUGGUCUUAUUGGUGAUAUAACUUCAACGGAGAAUUUAAUUCCAUGUUAUGCAUGUAUAUUAACUUGUAUUAAAAAAGUAUCCUAUUUUAAAUCAUCUAUUAAAAGUCAAUCACGUUUACAUAUAUUUAUUAGUCAAGAAACUGUAUUAAGUAGUUUAACAUUUUUUACUAAAAUAAAAUCGGAUAAACAUUUAAAUGGUAUAGAAAAUUCAAAUGAAUUUGAUAAAACAACAAUGUAUCAGUAUGUUGAUGAGAUUUCUAAUGAAACAGAUGAUAAUCUUUAUCUAUUAUUGGAAUUUGAACAUCCAAUUAUUUGUCCAAUGAAUGGAUUAGCUAUUGGCGCUAAAUUAGAUACCUAUUCAAUAAGUAGUUGUCGUAUCGCUUUACAUGGACGUGUUUUAGUACAAUUAAAUGAUUCAAAUUAUAAAUCAAAUUAUUUAACUAAAUUACUUGUAUGUAAAUCUAAAACUCGUCGUGGUCAACUUGAACGAAUUGUUAAUCCACGAAUGUGUAUUGUUCAUGGUUUAUUUAAACGUGAAACGAAUUGGGAAAUAUUUGUUGGUUUACGUGCUUAUUUAAUUAUUAAAUCACAUGAAGAUUCUUCUGAACAUAUUCAACGUAUAUAUGGUUAUAUUGAAUCUAGUUUUGGUCAAAGCGGAAAAUGUCGUUUAGCUUUAGAAAAUGAUCUUCCUGAUGAGAUAUUGGCACAGUAUUCUUCAAAAGCCGGCAGAAAACAAAUAUCACAACCAGAUAUUGAAGUUAUACUUGAAUUCAAAAAAAAUAUAUUUGAUCCACAACGUCGUGUUAUUCAAUAACAUAGAUUGUGCAAUACAAUGGAAUAAUGAUUAUUUCAUUAUAGAUUUGAAGUACUUUUUAUAAAUGUAUUUUUGUAUUUUUUUUUCUCCUUUCAAAUUGUCCAGUACAUUGAUGUGUCUAGGUAA